UGUUCCAGGAUGUUAGUAUCAAAACAAACAUGGCUCGUGCUGGAAUGUCGAUAAUUCGUGUUCCAGUAGGUUUAGCUGAGAAGAAGUAUUUAAUACGUAAUGACCAGCUUAGAACAAGUAUUGGAGAAUGGUGUAAAUGCCCAAGCAAUUAUCAAUGAUUUAUACGAAUCUUUAGAGUUAAAAAGUGUACAAAGUAAAAUGACCCAGUUAAACUAUGCUUAUUAAAAUAAUUUCUAGGCAGGUUCAUAGUAAAUCCUGACCCGAUUUGAAAAUAUUGUGUAUAAAAUCAACUUUAUUGUGUCUCAAGAUGAAACAACAGAAAAAGAAACCUUACCCAGAAAAGCAAUUAGCCCACUCAAUGGAGGAAUAUCUCACAGCCCUCAAAUCUGCUGCUGCAACUCGAGAGUACUAUCAGCAAAUAGCUUCUGAUGCCCAUGACUUACUGUGUGGCAAACAUAGUUGGGUGGCCACCUCCCACGCACGACCAACCUACUGCAACGUCUGUAGAGAAGCUCUUUCGGGGGUAACAUCACAUGGCUACAGCUGUGUCGUCUGCAAGUGGAAAGUCCAUAAACGGUGUUCCACCAAGGCGAUCAGCAACUGUAAGUGGACCACACUAGCCAGCAUCGGAAAAGAUAUCAUAGAGGAUAAAGAUGGGAACAUCUCAAUGCCCCACCAGUGGAUGGAAGGAAACCUCCCAGUGUCCGCAAAGUGUGCUGUUUGUGAUAAAACUUGCGGCUCUGUACUCAGGUUACAGGACUGGAGGUGCUUAUGGUGCAGAGCUACAGUACACACAGCAUGUCGACCGAACCAUCCAGAAGUCUGUCCCCUUGGCCCUAGCCGGGUCAGUGUGGUGCCUCCCACUGCAUUACACAGCAUAGGAAGCGACGAAGCAUGGGAGGCGAUACGGCCUCAAGACUGUUCCCCUCUCCUGGUCUUUGUCAACUCCAAAUCUGGAGACAACCAAGGUGUCAAGUUCCUUCGUAGGUUCAAACAGCUGCUCAAUCCGGCACAAGUGUUCGACCUUAUAGCCACUGGUCCCAGUCUUGGGUUACGUUUAUUUCGCCACUUCGACCCUUUUCGAAUCCUAGUUUGUAGUGGAGAUGGUUCAGUUGGCUGGGUUCUCUCAGAAAUUGAUCGACUUCACAUGCAGACACAGUGCCAGGUGGGAGUGUUGCCGCUAGGCACCGGAAAUGACCUGGCCAGGGUGCUAGGGUGGGGAGCCUCUUGUGACGAUGACACGCACAUUCCGCAGCUACUAGACCGCUAUGAGAAAGCCAGUGCAAAGAUUCUUGAUAGAUGGAGUAUAAUGACAUUUGAGCGUAGUAUUCCCAUGGGAUCCUCCACUAAGCUGACCCUGAGUAGUGGACUGGAGGGAGAAGGUGUUAACAGUAUGGCAGCAUAUGAAGACUCCGUGGUGGCGCAUUUAGCAAAGAUCCUUCAGUCCGACGAACAUUCCAUCAUCAUCUCUUCAGCCAAAGUCCUCUGUGAGACUGUGAAGGAUUUCUCCAUGCGAGCUGCAGACCUCAGCCUGGGCCAGGGUGACAAAGAAUUCAGUGACAAAUGUCAGGUACUCAAGAACAAGCUCGACUUGCUUCUUGAGUCACUACAGGAUGAGGAGCAAACCCUAAAACCCCCGGAAGAAGAAAAAGGUUCAGAAGAGCAGAAGGAAAAAGAGGAUGAACAAGAAAAGAAGCCAAUACGAAAGGAACAGUUGAUGUUGCGAGCUAACAGUUUGAAGCGUGCGGUGCGCCAGCUGGUAGAGCAUACAGAGAAGCUGGUUGAUGACCAGAACAAGCAGCAAAGUAUGGUCACUGGACCAACCUCUAUCGUCAAAAUGGACACACUUAAGGUAAUGGAUUCUCCAAUGGGAGAUCAAGUGGUCGGCUUGUGUCGUUUGCCAUCACCUCUCCCUGACUUGCGCCGUGACUCUGCGUGUGAUGAGUUCACUCUCGUGUCACUCCCUGUCCCGACUGAGUUUGCGGACACGAGGCGUAACUCCAGCGCAGAUGGCUCAUCAGGCACUCACGAAAUAGAAGAGCGGAGAGUAUCACUUUCUCGUCAGAUCUCAAUAGAAGUAGCUGUGGAAUUAAGAUCGCCUUCUGAAAAUGCUGAUGAGAAUGUACCUGAUCCAUCAAAAUGUUUCAAAAGAAUAACCACACCAGAAAUAUCAUUGGAUAAUGAAGAUGGAGAUAUACCUUGCAUUCCCCCUGAAGUGGAAGUCAGUGAACGUAAGGAUGAUGGAAUCUUAGCAGGUUUCAAAAUGUCAGAGGAUAUUUCUAACAUUUGCCAUAUUGAUUCCUCUGAAACAUCUGAUGACAGCCCUGAUGGUCCUCAACAGAAAGAAGCGGAAAGAAAAAGAUCUCUGUCUGAAGAUCGAGCUUUUGUAAAGUCCCGGCGAUAUGGACGUCCUUCAAUCUGUGAUAGGAGACAAGAAGACUUAACUGAGAAUGAUGCAACGAAUUUGAUAUCCACAUCACCAGAAGACGAUGAAGAUGAUGAUGGAUUUGCUGAUGAAUUGAGUUUAAGAGCUAAGGAAUCAAAAAGGUGUAGUAUUGCUCAUUUUGUGGAGGGCUUUGAUAUUGCAAGGCGUUCUAUCAAAUGUAGACAUCGAAAUAUUGAUGCAAAUUUAGAUGCUGAACCAGAACUGACAACGAUUAAAGACACUAACAAAUUUUUAGAUGUGCCUAUCAUUCACAUUCAAACAUCUGAUGAUGAUAUCAGUAAAGAAGAAACGAAAAAAAAUCAAUUAUUAGAUGUUAUCAACAUAAGAAUAAAUGGCUCAAAUAGCAACCUGUCCUCAGCAUCAGAUGUCCCCAUAAUGUACCUUGGAGAUAAUCUUUCUGACAAAGAGCAUCGCAAGAGUUUGGCUCCAUCAGAAACUGAUGAUGAGGAAUUGGUGAGGUAUCAUCAAAUGGAUAGUGAGGAUUCUUCAAGAAUAUGUGAGGGGCCGACCGUAGUAGUUGAUCCCCCAUCUCCCCCUACAAUCGACAUUGAACAACCAGAUGAAGACAGUGAUUAUCUUAGACGGCCUAGCUUUGAAUUUUGCAGAAAAUUGUCAGCGGCGUCACCGUCGUGCUCACUGCUACAGUGCUCCCCCGCCCCGUCUCGCCGCAUCUCCACUGCCUCCUUGCUGCGCUCUGAUUCAACUGACCAGCCUUCCCCAUCGUCCGACUCCAGCAGACCCAUUGCUAGGGAGAAACGGCUGCCUAUCAUCAACCCUCUGGUCCGUCUGCCCAUGUGGCCCAAUGUAACAGGUGGGGCUGGCCUCAUCAGUCAGGCAUUGCUGGCCAAUGCCGACGCAUUGUGUGCUGCUGCUGUGCCUCUCAUGGAUUUAGAUGAAACUCUCAUGGAGGGGUUCUUUGAGCGGUGUGUGAUGAACAACUAUUUUGGUAUUGGCAUUGAUGCGAAGAUCUCACUAGACUUCCACCACAAGCGAGAAGAACAUCCUGAAAAGUGCAGGUCUCGAGCGCGAAACUACAUGUGGUACGGAGUGCUGGGUAGCAAAGAAUGGCUUCAGAAAACUUACAAGAACUUGGAGCAGAGAGUGCAACUAGAAUGUGAUGGUCAGAGGAUACCCCUGCCCUCCCUACAAGGCAUUGUUAUUCUCAACAUCCCAAGCUUCAUGGGUGGGACCAACUUCUGGGGUGGCACCAAGGAGGAUGACAUCUUCCUCGCACCCAGUGUGGACGACAAGAUCCUGGAGGUGGUGGCUGUGUUUGGCUCUGUGCAAAUGGCGGCAUCACGGCUCAUCAAUUUGCAGCAUCAUCGGAUAGCUCAGUGUCAGACAGUACAGAUUAAUAUCCUAGGUGAUGAGGGAGUGCCUAUACAAGUAGACGGGGAAGCUUGGAUCCAACCACCGGGAAUGAUUCGAAUUAUUCAUAAAAACAGAAUGAAAAUGCUUUGCCGUAACCGGGCUCUGGAAGAGUCUCUGCGAGCUUGGCAGAAACAAAGACAACAUCAGCUCCAGCCCCGACGUAACACCAUCAAAGAUCUAAGCUUCGGAGAGGAGGAAGGUCUGCUACUACUGGCCUUUACUGAAGCUGUAUCUUCACUCAUCAAGUUCAUCAAGAGCCUAACAGUGCGUUAUCCCCUGUUGAGAGCAGACAUCGACGAUCUGGUCGUUAAUUGUGCCGAGAAUCUGGAGAAAGUGUACCAAGAUGGGAAACUGUCUCAGGGAGUGGAGUUGAGGCCUUUAGUCACGGAGCUGGUCUCCAGUGCCCGAGAACUCCAUGAUGAGGCUUGUGUUCUGUUGCGGGACAAAGGACAAGAUAUUAGAGAAGACCUGGCAAACCAGCUGGGACUGGUGUUGACAGGAAUGGAGGCGGAGUUCCGCCGCUGUUGUGUUACCAUCUCUCAGGAAUCAGGGCUUUCUUAUAUCUGCUUUCAACAGCCUCCGCCAGAUGAACAGGAACGGAAGGGUCGUAGUGGACGAGGUCUAUUCUGGAAACUGCGUAGAGAAAAGGCACGCGGUGCAGGGAGGGAGGUGGCAGGUUGGGGAGUGGUGGAAGUAUGUGCCUGGCUGGAAUCACUACAACUGUCCGAGUACGCAGACGCUUUCCAGGGUCAUGACAUCCGCGGCCGAGAGCUUCUCACUCUGACCAGGCGAGAUCUCAAAGACUUGGGAAUCACCAAAGUUGGACAUGUCAAACGCAUUCUCCAAGCAAUCAAGGAACUCAAUAUGUGAUCUCGGAGUGUCUAGGCCGAUUCUCUCGGGUCUUCACGUCUUUAUUUUAGUCAACGACAAUUUCCUUUAUUUUCUUUAUCUUUAAGUUAAGAUCUUCUUCCACUAUUACUAAAAGACAACUCAUGAACUAGACUGCAGGUUUUUACAGUAUUUAUAUACUCAAAUGAAUCUCAUACGUUGGUUUUAAAUUAUUUAGCCACAUUAUUUUUGUUAUAAGCUAAUGAAAUCUCUUGUUUUUUUACUGUUAUUGUAAAUUAAGUUUGCAAUACAAGAUGCUUAGUAAUUUAUAGAAUAGAGUUGUAUUUUUUCAUAUGAAUUGUUUUUUCAGUUUAUGUUUUUAAUGUUUCACAAAAAUUAUUAUUAAAUUAAACAAAGUGUUGGGUUUCCAUCUGUUUUAAAUUUUAAGUAUAUUUUAUUUCUUUUAUUGAUUGCUGUAUUCAUACUAUGUAUCCACAUUUGAGUUUUCUCUUAUCCAAAACCAAAUUGAAUUUAUAAAUUUAAUUAAAAUAUUGAUUUUACAUUCUGAAAUUUGUAAAGUGAAACCAUAAUACAUUAUCAGUAAUCCUUAUUCAAAUUGUAUUCAUCAAAAAACAUAAUUUUUGUGGUAACAUUAUAACCGUUCAUAUGAAGUAUUCAGCAAACAAAAUCUGCCAUCAGUUACACUUUAAGAAGGGAGUGGUAUGAAUAUAACUUUUUAAGCACCGUCUAUGUUUUCAGAAUUAAGGAGAUGGUAGUUUUAACAAUUUAUAAACCAAAAUGUUUGUUAGUGUUGCUUUGUGUUUGACUGUUGGAACAGUUUGAAUCGUAGAAGGAUGCUAUGAGGAUUGUUACUACAUUGUAGAAGGCCGGACGAAUAAAUGCAGAACUGCACAUAUCAGAACUGUAAAACUAAAUUUGUCGUAUUUUUGUUUCUGUUUCAAUACACUGGAUUUUAUCUCUGUUAGAUUAUUGAAUGUUUGUAUUAUUAAUGUAAAUGAGACUGUUACGUAUAUAUUGUUAUUAGUUAUAAUUCCUGUUUACUUCACUGGCAACCAAAAAUCCAAAUUGAGUUUCUGAACUGGUAUGUCCUUGAUCAGUAUUAAUUUAAUAUGUUUUUUUGAUAAGUUUGUAAGUGCUAUUUUAUUCCUUUUUAUGGUUAACAUCUUCUUACACCAAACCACAGUUGUAGCCAACUGCAUACAGAAUGUAUAUUAUAAUUCAGAACGAGUGAAUAGGAAUAAAUUUCUAUUGGUUUUGGUAUGUUUAAUGAAUAAAGACUAUUAUUUUAAUUUUUAAAAUCAAUUUAUAUUCAAAGGCUAUGAUAAAUUUGACAUCAACAUUUAUUUUUAAAAGCUGAUAUGCUAUGUUUAAAAGUUUAAAAGUUUCUAUGUUUAAUUAUACAUUAUAAUGAUGAAAUGGUUACAAUCAUAGUUGUGCUCUGGGUGUGUUGGGAUAUGCAAAUAGUUCAAAAUUUGAACUUUUCAUUCAAUUUUUAGUAUUCAAUUCAAACUUGAGUCUCUAAAAAAAUUUAACUUAUAGCAUUUCAAUAAUGUAAAACACAGUAAAUUACUAAAUUAAGUCCCAAUUUUAUAAACCAAUCUACUUUGCAUAUUUUUUUGCGUAUAGAAUUAUUAUAAUUUUUCUCUCAAGUUGUAAUAAAAACCCAUAUUGUGUUUAGUUUUUUCUGUAAUCGCUCGCAUUGGCUUUAAAAAUGCCCAUGAAACAGCCACUUCUCAGUAGAAGUCCUGCAUCCACUCUUGACCAUCCAUGUGGCUAUCAUUUAACUCCUUAUUGUCAGACCAUUGUUGAUUGUUUUGUAAUAGUUUAUUUAAAAUUACUAUAUAUAUAUAUAUAUAUAUAUAUAUAUGUUAUACAUGUAUGCAUAUAAAACACAUACAUAAAAUUCAUAUAUUAUAUAUAUAUAUAUAUAUAUAUAUAUAUAUAUAUAUACAUACAUAAAAUUGUAUGGAAUGCUUUAGUUUGAUCUAUGAGCAUUAAUCAUUAAUCAAUCCUCAUUACCUGUGUGUCAAAUUGGAAGUGUUAUUUUGUUUGGUUUUAGUCUGCCUAAUUAUAGACCUGUUAUGGUUGGAUUGAUCAAGUAGUCUUACAGAAUUAAUUACUUUGCCCUAAUGAUUUAUUUAUAUCAGAAACUUAAUUAAGAGAGCUCUUUGUCUUGAGGAUUACUGCCUAACUUUGAGGAUAUAAAGGGUGUCUCACGAGUAACCCGACAAACUUCUCAGGUGGUUUCCUCUCAUCAAAGUAAUGUUCAUAUAAACAUAUGUCCGGAAACGCUUUGUUAACGAGAUAUAGCUAGUGAAAGAUUUCACCCGAUUUUCUAGGAAAGGGCGGAAAUAAAGCGAAACUGAUGUUUUUAUGGCAUAAAAAUAGUUGUUACAUUUAUUGGAUUUUAUGUAAAAUAAAUUGAACAAAAUAAGUCCCAGACCUGUAAGACCACUCAUUUCUGAAAUAUCAGACAAUAUAUGCAAAAUUCGGUCUCGAAAAACAUGCUUUUUUUAGAUUUGAAGUACAUUAACUUCAUUAAAUGGGUAAUAAACAUGCAAACUUUUGAACCAAAACUUUUAGAGAAUUUAAUUCCGAAGAGAAUAAUGUCAAAUAGGUUAAUAAUGCACAAAAACAAAAUUUUAAAAUUAAAGCUUAAUUAAAUCAACCCAUACAAAAAAUAUGACAAAAAUAAAAUAUUUUGUAAACCAUACAUUUCCCUCGUUCUUAAUUAUAAUGUUUUAUAAAAUAUUUUAUAGUAAUACUUUUUUUAUUUUACUAAGUUGUAUGUACAGUGGUUUCCAAAAAUCCCCUUUUAUUAAGUUAUAAUGUAUAGAACCCCCUGCAGUAACAAGUAUUUACAGUGUAAGGUUUCAAUAGUUUAUGAUUAGUUAGAUACAAAAUAUUUUUGUUUGUAGCUAGCGAAAACUUAAGUUCUCAUUCCUUUUAAAAGCACAUCUCAGGUCUCCAACUAAAUAACUAGAAGUGGAUUUUAUCAGCCCAGGUCAAUAAAAUCAAACUCAUUUAUUACGAAGACAUGGCAUAUACCAUGAUUUCUGAUUACCAUUUGUUUAUUGUUACAACCAGUGAUGUAUUCAGGAAAACAAACUGUCUGAUAAAAAUAAUAAACUCAAAUCCCAAUCGUUAAGCUCCUGUCUGACUUAUUCAGUAUGCUAAUUUGUUAACUUAAAAUUUAAGAUUCAGGAAUCAACAUAGUCAUCACAUAAUAUCAAACUAAACAUGAACACACUUAUGGACUUCUUUUUACAAAAAUCUUUUAUUUUGGUGAUAAAAUUUAGUAGAUGUUUGUUUGUUUAGUCUGAAAAUUUACUUAAUCCCCAAGAAUUGUUUUAUAAAAAACAAGCCAUUAAUGUUUCUUGAUUGCAAAUAAUUGUCUUAGAUUUUGCACGUAAAAAGUCUAAGAUAGAAAACAUGUAAGAACAAAUUUUAAUUUAUAAAUUGUUUAUAACUGGAACUAGUAAUAUGCAUUGCUAAGCAAUAUAUAUUCAAGUUAAAAUUUUUCUCAUUUUCUUACAAAUUAUUUUUUUGUGUCAUUUAACCAAAGCAAAUUUACUGUCAAGUUUAGUUCAUUGCCUUCUCAGCAAAUUUUUGCUGACUCCAAUGGGUGGAAACCACUGUGUACUCUAUAGAUAUAACUAUUUCGAUCUCAGUUGUCAUUUAGGGUACCUAUAGUAAUGUAAUUUGUCUGCCACCUAGUAUUGGUGCAUCUUUUUCAGAUUUGUUCUUGUUGGAACUUUAUUAUAAUUUUAUGUUAAGAGCAUUUAUUUUGUUUAACACACUAUAACUUUUACAAAAAGAACCGUAAUAUUAAUUAUAGUUGAAUAUAAAUUUUAAUUGGUGCUUAUUUAAAUUGUUUAAGAUAAUUCCCAAUGUCUCUACAUUUAAUCCGAAUCUGUUACAACAUUUUUGUAUAUAUCAUUCAAAAAUGUUGGUUUUUAUUCAAGACUUAUAGGCCUAGUAUUAAAUGUUUAUUUUAUAAUGUUUUAAUUAAUUAAUAGAUAUUACAAUAAUUGUACUACUUUAAGGUUAAUAUAUUUUAGUAACUGUAAUAAUAAUGGAACGUUGGUCUAGCCAAAUUUCACUUUGUUUGAAGAUUUACAGUUUAAUCUGUUGGUGUGUAUACGGUGUUAAUGUUUCAUUUAAUGAACAUUAAUUUAUUGUGAUUUCCUCUAAUUCCCUUAAUUAAGGGACCAAUUUAAAGUAAUGCAGAAUAUCUUAAAUAUUACAAGUUUGUAUUGUAUUUUUUCUACUUUAGAACUAAUUCUUGAUCGAAGUUUUUUGUCAAUUGUAAUGUUUUGCCUAAAAUGUACUACUUCUUUUCAGAUUGUAUUUUUGGUACUUGCUACUGUAACUUACUCUUUUGCCUAAUUCGCUAAAAGUGUGUUAAUUGUUGUUGGGAAAGUUCCUGUACAGUAUUUUUAAUGUUUGUACAUUGUUGUAAUUUCACUGCCUCCUGCACAUUGAAUCAAUAUGAAAUGUUUGUAAUAGGUUCUGACAUUCAUUCAGGGAUCUAAGCGAAUAAGCAAGGGCAGUUUGAUGAGUGCAUACAAUUUCAGUAGGAUUAGAGAAAUGGUACUUAUUAUUAGUAAGUAGAAUUUCUUGGAAAAACUGAACUCAUUUGGAACUAAUUCACAAUGUUUAGCACUAUUUCCAGAAAAUUCAUUUCCAUAAACUUAUUCUAGUUCAAACGAAA